CGUCUAAAUAUAUAUAAAGCAGAUCACUAACCUCUUCCAUCGUCAGAAUAAAUUUGGACAUCUCUUUGAAUCGUUAGUGUUGUUGUUUUAGAACAGUUUAAUACAUUUGAGUGUUCGCUUCGGAGUUGCACCGAUUCUCAUCGUAACCGAAAAACUGAUAAUUUGACAAAACAAAUACGUAAACUUAUUUUUUAAUUAAACUAACAUAUUAAAUAUACCUUUUCAUACAUUUUAAUGUUGCUGUGAUCGUCGUGUGCUGUGUUUACGUGGACCUACUUUUAUACUUCAUUGAACACUUAUUGUUUUAAUACAUUUUCGAUUAUUUAACAAUAACAUUUUAAAAUACAUAAAACCGAAAACCAAUUGAUGAUAUAGAUCAUGUCUCAAUCACAAGUUUGUCCGAUCCUAGAUGGUUCUUUGGCUAUCGCUAAAGAGUGUUCGAUACCCGAAUAUUCGCCUGCUAUGAAAUUGCAACCGAAACAAAUUGACUAUACUUAUUUUUUUAACGACACUACAGCCAAACGAAAACCUUCUGAACUCCGAGAAUUGUCUAGGUUGGUUGACCAAUUGCCUCCGGGAAGUAUAAAAUUAGGAGUAGGUGUUCCUAAUGUACAUACGUUUCCUUUCAAAGGUUUCGACGUAGAACUAGCAUCCGGGGAAGUUAUUAAGCUCAACGAAGGCGAACUAGCUGCAGCGUUGCAAUAUUUACCAUCAAUUGGAUACACUCCUCUUAUAAAUAAGUUAAAAGAAAUUCAAGAUCAAUACCAUGGAGCACAAAAUUGGAAAGUUAAAAGUAUUAUGGUCUCCAGUGGUGCUCAAGAGGGAUUGUCAAAAGCAGUGGAUAUGUGUAUGAGAUGCGGCGAUGCAGUGAUCAUGCCAGAUCCAACAUACACAGGCGCAAUUGAUUUAUUUAGAUUGCAUGACGCGGAAAUCAUCGGAAUCAAACAAGACUCGCAGGGAGUUCUUGUGAAAGAGAUGGAAAAAGUUUUGGCGUCGAGAAAAAAGAAAAAUCAAUUAAUGCCCAAAGUAAUCUAUCUCAAUCCGACCGCGUGCAAUCCCUGCGGCACUACAAUACCGACAAACAGAAAACGAGAAAUAUAUAGGUUGGCUUGUGAAUACAAUUUGCUAAUACUCGAAGACGAUCCUUAUUACUAUUUGAGUUUCGAAAACGUCCAUCCCACCAGCUUUAUGUCGAUGGACACCGAGGGUCGAGUACUGAGAUUCGAUUCGCUUUCAAAAAUCAUGAGCUCCGGUUUGCGCGUUGGAUUCGUCACAGGACACAACCGGUUGCUACGACAAAUGGAGUUGCACAUGCAAACUUCGUCCAUGCACACGUCGUCCCUUUCACAGGUAUUGGUCCAUAAACUGCUAUCGCACUGGGACAACGAAGGUUUGGUCUCGCACUUCUUGCGAGUCAAGAAGUUCUACAAACAAAAGAGGGAUCACAUGCUGCUGGCAGUAAAAAAACACCUCAGCGGUCUAGCCGAAUGGUAUGUGCCUUGCGGAGGAAUGUUCCUGUGGCUAAAAGUAAUCGGCCUGAAAGACACCAGAUGCCUAGUCACUGCAAGAUGUUUGGAGAAAAAUGUUAUUCUUGCACCUGGUUAUGCUUUGGCGAUCGAUCCGAAGAAGCCAUCGCCUUACAUCCGAGUUUCGUUUUCCAUCGCAUCCCACGAAGACGUAGACCGGGGAAUAUCUUUAUUGGCUGAAGCUAUACGGGAAGAAAUACAAGCUGUUUGAAAACCGCUUGGAAUUUACAUUUUAUACAAUAAUUAUACAUAGUUUAUAUAAUAGAUUGUAUAAAAGUGUCUGACUAAUAAUUCAUUAGAUAUUUUCUUGAAGCACUUCUUAUACGAUCCCUCCUAGUUCUAUCUAGCCCAGUCAUUCUUGACAAACCUACCCGAUAUUGUUAUUUCAACUGUACUGUCUUCUUCAAUUCCUCUAUUCACUAUCAUAACUGAUUCCGAAUUCCAAAAUACACUUAAUUUCUUUACUAUAUUUGCCACUUGCUCUCCAAAUGAACAGUUAAUGUAUCUUAUUCUGAAAAACAGUCAAAUUUUUCUGUUUUAGACAUACCUAUUUUCCGAAGUCAUGUUUCUUCAAUGUCUCUUUUCGCUGCUUUAAUUCAUUCAACUCCUAACGCUUUUUUACUCCCGUUCUCUACAUCUUUCACAAACAUUAUAUUAUAUCAAUAUGCCUCGCCCUUGUAAUUUUAUCCAUUAACAUGAUGACUUUCUACUUUCUGAAAUUGUGCACUAUUCCUAAUAGCAUCCAGACAUCGGUAAUGUCAAAUCAUCAAAGUUUUCAGAGAUAUGUUGCUUGAAAUAUUUUUAAGUCGUAUUGUAUAAUAAUAUUGACUAUUGACAUAAUAUUAUAAUUUUGCUUGAAAAUUAACAAUACUAUUUUUCCUCUAUGUACAUUUAUUUAUAUUAUAGUUUCUAUCUGUAUAUCUAAAAGCAAUUAUUGCUCAAUUUUGUUUAUUGUUUAAGGCUGUAAUUUUUUUUUUAAUUUCAUAUUUAAAUUAAUGAAACAAAUUGUAUUUACACAUUUUAUAUUAAUAGAGAACAUCCUUAAUAAUUAAUUUAUAAUAAUUUCUGAAGGCCUGUGACCUCUCCUACCCAACAUGUUCCGCUAUCACAAUGCUCCAACCCCUCCCACUGUGCUGCUUUUAAAAAAUAAAUAUUGGCCUCUG